AAACAUGGCAAUUAAGCCAAAAAUAAACACACUUCUCUCUCUCUCUCUCUCUCAAUUUCUCUAUCUUGGCGAAUAAGCGGCAGUAGAAGAAAACGCAGGAGAAGAAGCGCUUGUCUUUCUACAGUCAAGUUGAUUUUAUGUCUCCAAAACUCGACGAAUAAUCACUUCUCUAUCUUGUUAUGCAGUUUGGUUACUGGUUUUUGCAGUUCGGGUUCGGUUUAUCACCGUUUGAUUUUCAUUUUGGUUACCGAACUGCAUUCGAAACACAGAAACGGUUCAGUUCAUUUUAGAGCAGUUCGGUUCAGUUUUACACGAUGAGGCUUUUGACAGUAGCUACUUGCAAUCUCAACCAAUGGGCUAUGGAAUUCGAUUCCAACCUUAAACAAAUCAAACACUCCAUCUCCAAAGCCAAACAAGCCGGCGCCGUCAUCAGACUUGGACCGGAGCUCGAGAUUCCUGGUUAUGGCUGUGAAGAUCACUUCUUAGAACUCGACACCAUUAACCACUCAUGGGAAUGUUUGAAAGAUAUAUUGGUUGGUGAUUGGACUGAUAACAUAGUGUGUAGUAUUGGAAUGCCUAUUAUUAAAGGUUCUGAGAGAUACAAUUGUCAAGUUUUAUGUUUUAAUCGAAAGAUUAUUAUGAUACGACCCAAAAUGUGCCUUGCAAAUGAUGGUAAUUAUAGAGAACUUCGAUGGUUUACUGCUUGGAAACAAAGGGAUCAACUUGUGGAUUUUCAGCUUCCUGCUCAUAUUUCUCAGGCAUUGGGCCAAAAUUCAGUUCCCUUUGGUUAUGGUUUUGUUAAGUUUCGAGACACAGCUAUUGCAGCUGAAGUUUGUGAAGAGCUUUUUACUCCAUCACCCCCUCAUGCUGAGCUUGCAUUAAAUGGGGUUGAAGUGUUUAUGAAUGCAAGUGGAAGUCAUCACCAACUUAGAAAGCUUGAUGUUCGUCUCCGUGCUUUUAUAGGUGCCACUCAUACUCGUGGAGGGGUCUAUAUGUACAGCAAUCACCAAGGCUGUGAUGGUGGUCGUCUUUACUAUGAUGGAUGUGCCAGUGUUGUGGUAAAUGGUGAUGUCGUUGCUCAAGGUUCCCAAUUUUCUUUAAAUGACAUUGAGCUUGUGGUUGCUUCGAUAGAUCUAGAUGUGGUUGCAAGCCUUAGAGGAUCUUUAAGCAGCUUCCAAGAGCAAGCAAGUUGCAAAGCCAAUGUUCCUUCAGUAGAUGUACCGUCCAGUCUUUGUCUUCCUUUUGACCUUAAAAUACGCCUUUCCUUUCCUCUUAAGAUAAAAUAUCACUCUCCUGAGGAGGAAAUAGCAUUUGGACCUGGUUGCUGGUUAUGGGACUACUUACGAAGAAGUGGAGCAUCUGGUUUUCUGCUCCCUCUUUCUGGCGGAGCAGACAGUUCCUCUGUUGCUGCGAUUGUUGGGUGUAUGUGCCAGCUGGUUGUGAAAGAAAUUGCAAAUGGGGAUGAACAGGUUAAAGCUGAUGCAAUACGAAUAGGAAACUAUAAAGAUGGACAGUACCCUACAGACAGCAGAGAAUUUGCUAAACGAAUAUUUUAUACGGUGUUUAUGGGAUCUGAAAACAGUUCGGAAAUGACAAAGUCACGAGCCAAGGUACUGGCAGAUGAAAUUGGUUCAUGGCACCUUGAUGUUAGCAUUGAUGGAGUUGUAUCUGCUCUUUUGUCAUUGUUCCAAACACUUACAGGAAAGCGACCGCGCUACAAGAAGCAUGUUGAUAUUAACGAAGAGUAGUAUUUUGAUUCUAAAACAAGUCAACAUAGAUCUCCAUAUUAGGACGUCAUUCUAGUAAUACAACUGCGUAACAUCCUUAUGGGAAAUCUCACUUUUUUCCAGAACAAAGAUUAGGUACAUGUUAUCGAAAGUGAUAAAUUGGAUUGAGCGCUUGAAAAUUGAGUUACCGUGUAAAAACUCAUCUUCCAAGAUUGUAGAACAAGAUGGUUAUGUUCAAAACCAUAUGACUAGAAUUCUUGAUCCAUUACCGACCCGAUGUAAAGGGCGUCCUCCUUCAACAAGAAAGACUUCAAAAGUUGACCGAAUUGUCAAAAACAAGAUUGCUAGAAAGAAAACUCAAAAAAGAACCCAAAAGAGUAAAACUGAUCAAAGUCAAGAAGAGGUGAUCUUGAAUUAUUCAAAUAUAUUUUCUACACUUUAAUGUUGUAAUAUACAUGUGUAUAACUUAGAUUUUUAUAGCAGGGCCUGUGUAUCUCUAGAGUUCAAGAAAUUGCAAAUGAAAAAUAUUUUAGAUCUCAAAUUAUUGAUGGGAUUGGAACACAAGAAAGCAUUCAAGUAAAUGGAAUUUAUUACUUUAAUUUGA